AUGGAACGUUCGAAGUUUAUACCAAACGGAAACCUGGAGAAGCUUUUAGAGAUCGACAGAAUGCAAUAUCCAAUGAUUAGGUUUGUGCGAAGUCAGAUGGCCCAGUGUUGGCGACUUCAUGAAGGACCAGUAAAAGUCCUUUCUGCAAGUCAAGACCGUAAACAUGGAGGAGCUCUGGUCCUAGAUCAAAACUUUUCAAAAUCCGUUUUAUCAUUCUGGCCCAAAAAUGACCGCAUGUUUCUAAUUAAGAUCAAAGCUAUCUUAGUAGUAUAUGCUCCCACUGCGGAUGCCGAAGACCAACAGAUCGACAGCGUCUACAGCUCUCUUGAUGAAUUAUUUCCAUCAUGUAAAUCAAAGGAAAUUAUUAUUGUCAUGGGUGGCUUCAAUGCUAAAGUUGGCUCAGAGAGAGAUUGGAAGACUGUUGAACCGCACGAGGCUCCUAACAAUGACACUGGCCGUCGUUUUGGUGCCUUCAUCGAGAGCAUCCAAGCAGCAGCUUCCAAGACCGUCCAACAGAAGAAAAGAAGCAGCUCUCACCAGGCUGGAAAAGCCAAGGAGAAAUGUGAUGAGGUUAAGAAUCUCAGCUGUAAUCCCAAAGAGAUAAAGGAUAGCAGAGAUCAGUGGCCAGCGAUCCUUCUCCUGCUCAAACUGCAUCAAAACAACAGACGGCCUUAUUCUCCACGAGACCGAGGAUGUCAGUGCUCUAGUCAACUGAAAAUCAUCCUACAGAGGAUCAGAAGACAACUCCUUCCCGAAACACCAGAAACCUAG